UGGAGGGUUCAUCACAGCUUUGCAGAAAUGACUGACUCAGCGUAUAGCUAUUAAAAAACUUUUAAAGAUCUACUUUGGUGCACAGCACACUAGAAGCUGAAAAGAGUGAAUGUUUAAAUGUGAACAGAUAAGCAUAUCCAACUGACUUUCUUGGGACUAUUAUUUUUAUUCUGCAACAAUCCACAAGGGCAAUUACUGUAUUUUUACCCUUGGAUCAGUUACUGCAAGAAAUGGGUAUCCUGGCUUUUUUGAUUCUCCCUAUACUGGUGAUUGGCAUUGCUGGCAUUGUUUAUAUUUACAAGCGAAUAAUGCGUCUGAUGUCCAAAUCAGCUGUGAGGAACAAAGUGGUUGUGAUAACUGAUGCUGUAUCAGGCUUUGGGAAAGAAUGCUCCAGAGUAUUUCACAGUGGAGGAGGCCGUGUGGUCUUGUGUGGCAAUGACUGGGAUAAGUUAGAAGCCCUGCAAGAGGCCCUACUUGAUGUUGCAGACCCGAGCCAGACAUUCAGUCCAAAGAUAGUGCUUUUGGAUCUAAGUGACACAGAGAGCAUCCCUGAGAAAGCCAAGGAAAUCCUUGAAUCAUUUGGGUGUGUGGAUGUGCUCAUUAACAACAGCAGUCUGAAAGUUAAAGGAGGUGCCCUCAAUGUCCCUUUGGAAUUGGACAAGAAGAUAAUGGAUGCUAAUUAUUUUGGACCCAUUUCUCUAACCAAAGAGCUUCUUCCACCGAUGAUCGCUAGACAUAAUGGUCAAAUUGUGCUGGUCAACAGUAUCCAAGGAAAAUUAGGACUUCCAUUCCGUGCAGCCUAUGCUGCUUCAAAGCAUGCACUGCAAGCUUUUUUUGAUUGCCUCCGGGCUGAAUUUGCAGAAUAUGGCAUUACUGUCAACACUGUGAGCCCAACAUUCAUCCGUUCUUAUCAUCAAAUGCCAGAAGCUGGGAAUUGGGAGGCAUCCAUUUGGAAAUUUUUCUUCAGGAAGUUGGCGUAUGGUGUUCACCCAGUGGAAGUAGCUGAGGAAGUGUUGUACACAGUGAACAGAGGCAGCAAGGAAGUGAUUAUUGGAAAUCCUGUUUCAAAGGCAUUUGUCUAUUUAAGGACAUUUUUUCCUGAAAUAUUUUUUGCAAUUGUUGCUGCUGGAAUCUCAAGCCAACCCAUUACAGAGGAAGAACAAUAACUUUCCUUUUUUAAGCCUUAUUCUAUGAAAUUACUUCUCCCUCUCUCCUGCUAUCUCUCCCAUGUAUUAUGCUUAUUAUUUUCUGACUUAUUUACCUCUUAACUCGCUUUUAGAAUUGCUUUUUACCUAAUCAUUAUCCCAUUUCUCCUUUCUUCGUCUGUGUUCUAUUCUGACAAAUUAUGGAGGUUUGGUGGAUUAAGUUAUGAGGGCAAAUUGGAUACAUUUGGUUUGUAUUCCCUUGAGAUAAGGAAGUUGAGGGAUGAUCUUACUGAGGUAUUGAAAGUAACAUAAGGAUUUGGUAGGGGAAAGUACAAAUUAUCUAUAACUUUUAGUUGGAUUAUAAAGAAGAAGGGACACAAUCUUAUAAUUAGAACUAAAAUAACCAGGAGCAAAAUCAGAAAAUACUUCCUAUAUUAAAUGUGUCAGGAAUCUGGAAGUGUCUUCACCUGACAACAUUGUGAAUGCUGCAACGUUGGAGCUUUCAGGAGUUAGGCAGAUUUAUUUUAGUCAAAGAUAUUAAGGGAAAUGGUGCAAAGACAGAUAGUGGAAUUGAGAAACAAAUCAGUAGGGUAGAUUUGCAAUGCUGAAAAACCUACUAUGCUCGAUCUUUGCAUUUUCUAUAGUCUCACUUUUAUUCUAACACCAGUGAGAGUUAAGCUGCAUUCAAUCAAUUCUAUUGGAUAAUUCACUGUGAUAUUUAAGUUGACUGAUAGACCAGCACUGAUAAAUCUUUGUAGGUCAGAAGGUCAAUCUGGCCUUCCAUGUUCAAACCGAACCGUUUGACAAUGUAAUAAAGGAUAUACAAGAGUUUUAGGUGCACUGAAUGGACUAAAGUGCAAAGACAGAAGUUUUUAUUGCUCAGAUCUCUAAUAUAUUUGAGUUCUGAAAUCUCCAGGAAUUUUGCUACUUUUGUCAUAUGCGAAUAAGGUAAAAAGCAAAGUGCUGGAGGAACUCAGCAGGCCAGGCAGCAUCUGUGGGAGGAAAUGGACACAGUGUCUUGCGUUGUGACCCUCUUCAGAUUGAUGCAGUAGAGGGGAGAAAGCUGGUAGAGAAGUGAGGGAAGGGGUGGGACAAAAACUGACAAUGGUGUGGCAGGUUCAGGUGAAGAGGGGUGAUAAGCAGAUUGGUGUAGUUGGUAACAAAGGCUGGAGACGAAAUGGAGGCAAAAGGAUACAAAUAUGGAAUCAGAUAGAGAAGGAGUGAAAUGUAUAUUGGAGGAAGGGAUAGUAAGAGAAAGGGAAGAGGGGGGAAGAGAAGAGUGGGGGAAUGGUGUGGGGGGAGACAAGGUGGAAUGAUACAUGUGUGGAUAAUGUGCUAUCACACUUUAGCAUUUCCACAAACAUGUAUCUUAAUGCAGUUGGUAUUGUUUCAUAUGGUUUUCAUGUAAUUGUUGUUCGAGACCAAUCGUAUGAGUCUCAGAACAUUGCUGUAGAAGUUUGUCUGGGCCAACCAUCAUCAGCUGUAUUAUCUCUUAAGUUCAGAAUGGUGAUGUUCACUGUUAGUUGCAUAAUGUUCAAUUCCAUUUGCACCCUCAUAUAAAGAAGCAACCCCUUCUAAAGACCAAAUACAAGAGAUAAUCUGUCCAGAAGAACACCUAACCUCCUAUAUUUGACAAUGAACAUCCAUACCAUCCCUGUCAAAUCCCUACCAUCAACACAUAAUGAGAGUCACUGCAGCAGCCACAUGCAAGCUGUGGCCCUAAGGUUAAAUGCUAGGUAUUCCAUGGUGAGCAGUUCACCUCCUGGCUUGUCAAAGCUGUUCCAUUGUGUCAAGAAAGGAGUGUGACUUCAGUGUUAUUACAGCUCCAAAAGCAACCCGAUACAUCAGAACAAUUUAGGAUAAAGCAACCUAAAGCAACCUAACCCCAUCUGAUUAGCACCCAUUCACUGCAGGAAACAUUCACUUGGUACAGUGCUAUGGUCCCACGUACAAAAUUCAUUCGAGUUACUUGUCAAGGCAACUGGAAUUGCAGUCAGCUCUCCUCUGUCACAUACCAUCCUGACUUGGAAAUAUAUUGAUCAAAGGAAAAUUAUCAAGACCGGGCAAAUGAGAGUAGCAUGGUGGGCAUCUUGGUUGGCAAGGAUGAGUAGGGCCAAAGUAUCUGUUACUGUGCUGCAUGGCUAAGACUACAGCUCUAAAUUCUCUAUCGAACAACAUGUAAAUACCUUUACCCGAAGAACAAUUGUAGAAGAUGGCUGAGGAGUUAGAGAACAUUUCUGCUUUGCUGACUAUGUACAUGAAUAAU